CAAGCAUCUGUCUCCAUAUAUAAAAAGAGUGUUUCGUGGCAUAGUUUCUCUUCUGUGUUUUUUCUUGAUGGCCAAGUCUUAUUCAACUGGGAAAAGCCCUUCAGCAAUGUCCUUGAUGCUAUUGCUUGUGAUGCUGAUGGCUAGCCUAGACAUAACAGCUGCCAAGAUAGGUGUUUGCUACGGAACGGUUGGCAACAACUUACCAUCCCCAGGAGAAGUUAUAGAUAUGUACAAACAAUACAACUUCGGAAGGAUGCGACUCUAUAACCAAAACCAAGAUGCUCUCCAAGCCCUUAGAGGCACCAAAAUUGAGCUAAUGCUUGGUGUCCCUAAUGAAGAGCUUCAACGCAUUGCUUCAAGUCAAGAUCAUGCAAACACAUGGAUCCAAAACAAUGUGCAAAAAUAUGGAGAUGUCACAUUCAGAUACAUUGCAGUUGGCAAUGAAAUAAAGCCUGACGGCCCACAUGCACAAUUUCUUUUCCCUGCUAUGCAAAACAUUCGAACUGCAAUAUAUAAUGCUGGCCUUGGAUAUAAGAAUAUUAAAGUCUCCACUCCCAUUUAUCAACCUGCCCUUGCACGGUCCUACCCUCCAUCAAAAGGCUCCUUCACGUCUGAAUACCGAUCACUUCUUGAUCCUAUCAUUGACUUCUUAGUGAAGAAUAAGUACCCAUUACUCGUUAACAUGUAUCCAUACUUCAGUUACAUUGGUGACACUCAACACAUUCAUCUUGAGUAUGCUCUUUUUACUUCUCCAUCAGUCGUAGUGCAAGAUGGCGAACAUGGAUACCAAAAUAUUUUUGAUGCCAUUUUGGACGCCUUUUACUCAGCAUUAGAGAAGGCCAAUGGAGGGUCUUUGAAGAUCGUUGUGUCUGAGACUGGUUGGCCCACUAAAGGAGGAAAGGCAACUAGUUUUGAAUAUGCAAAGACUUACAACUCAAAUUUGAUUAGGCAUGUGAUGAAGACAGGGACUCCAAAGAGGCCUGACGAGCCUAUAGAGACUUACAUUUUCGCCAUGUUUAAUGAGAAUCAGAAGACUCCUCCUGGUAUUGAGAACAAUUGGGGGCUCUUUUAUCCGAACAAACAGCCUAAAUACCAAAUUAAGUUUAAUUAGAAUGAGCAAGUCUAGCUAGAGCACUUAUAAAUAAGGAAAGCUUUUAUGUGUAUUAUCACUAUAAAUAAGACUUACUUGUAGUCCCUUUGCAUGGCAGGGAACCAAGUUUAUUAUAUUUGUAUCUAU